GCAGUGGAAAAAGUCCUAGAUAAAAAAUGGUUGCCACCUCUCUCUCCUGACUUCUUCAGUCCUUCGGACGAAGAGCCUGCUCAAGUCCUAUGGGAGCAGUGUCGGUGUAUCCAUGAUGUUUAUAAAGGAGUAAAUAUCAGUAUGACUAGAGUCUGAGGAAGGGUUCUGUGUUCCUACCAAAAGCUUGCUGGUGCAGAGGAACUGUGCGAGGAGAGCAGCAGGGGCAUUUUGAGCUACCAUGGAUAUCCCCACCGAUUUGGUGCCAUCGUCCAUGAUGUCCCAACCUGAGGUGAUUGAGUCCACAGCCAUGAGUGAACCACAGUGCUACUACAAUGAAACCAUUGCCUUCUUUUAUAACCGAAGUGGAAAAUAUCUAGCCACUGAAUGGAACACUGUCAGCAAGCUUGUAAUGGGACUGGGGAUUACCGUCUGCAUCUUCAUAAUGCUGGCCAACCUCUUGGUUAUGGUGGCUAUUUAUGUCAAUCGCCGAUUCCACUUCCCUAUUUAUUACCUAAUGGCCAACUUAGCUGCUGCGGACUUUUUUGCAGGGCUGGCCUACUUUUACUUAAUGUUCAACACAGGACCCAACACUAGAAGACUGACUGUAAGCACCUGGCUUCUCCGUCAGGGUCUCAUUGAUACCAGUCUGACAGCCUCUGUAGCCAAUUUGUUGGCCAUUGCUAUUGAGCGGCACAUUACAGUUUUCCGAAUGCAGCUGCACACUCGGAUGAGCAAUCGCCGAGUGGUCGUUGUCAUCGUUGUUAUCUGGACUAUGGCCAUCGUCAUGGGUGCCAUACCGAGCGUCGGAUGGAACUGUAUUUGUGAUAUCACCCACUGCUCCAACAUGGCACCGCUCUAUAGUGACUCCUACCUGGUCUUCUGGGCUAUUUUCAACCUGGUCACUUUUGUGGUCAUGGUGGUUCUAUAUGCUCACAUCUUUGGGUACGUGCGCCAAAGGACUAUGAGAAUGUCCAGACACAGUUCUGGACCCCGCAGGAAUCGGGACACCAUGAUGAGCCUCCUGAAGACUGUGGUCAUUGUGCUUGGUGCUUUUAUAAUCUGCUGGACCCCAGGAUUAGUCUUGCUGCUCCUCGAUGUUUGCUGUCCCCAGUGCAAUGUCCUGGCCUAUGAAAAGUUCUUCCUGCUCCUGGCAGAGUUCAACUCGGCCAUGAACCCCAUCAUCUACUCCUACCGGGACAAGGAGAUGAGCGCAACAUUCAAGCAGAUCCUGUGCUGCCAGCGCAGCGAGAGCACCAAUGGCCCCACCGAAGGCUCGGAUCGCUCGGCCUCCUCCCUGAACCACACCAUCCUGGCUGGAGUCCACAGCAAUGACCACUCCGUGGUGUGACACCACAGCCGGCCCGUGGCCGACAAAGAGCAGCAGGCAAUGCUGCGGGCAGGGCGGGCACGUGGCCCCAGGGAAGGUAACCCACUCACGUUUUCUCAAACACUAAUGGACUACAAGUGCAUCUUUUCCAGGGGGCCUGACGUACCUGCACAGACUGCCCUGUCCACAGGAGUGGCCGUACUGCAAAGCCUUUGAUUUCUGCUUUGAAAAAGUAGAAAGUAGUUGCUUUGCAGAAGAGGCCAUCAAUAACCCACGGAAAGCCUUGCUGAGACUUUGUUGGACUUUGCUGCAUCUUGGUGCCAGUUUGAAUCAACUCUGAUUAAUUAAGCUUAUACCUGCUUCACUGCAUUUACAUGUAGCCACUUAGUAUUUUUAAAAAGGGAGUAAAGGGGAUAAAAAUAUGCCUAUCAUUUAAUAGACAUGUAAUAUGUAUCACCAUCAGCAUGCUUGUGAUGAACAUUUUCUGUGCAGGGAGUAAAACUGUGCUCUAGUCUUUGUAUCCUUAGUCACACUGUCAUAACUACAGUAAAAAGAAAAGUAUUUUUUUCUAACACAGGCAACAGGAAGAUGAGGGAAACUGACUCUUCUUACCUUCAUUACUGGUGUUAGAGAAUGCAUGUUCCGUGUGUAUGCAGAUUGUUUUAAUUAUGAAAAAAAAUCUCUUUGUAAAGUCUGCCGGAAAGUAGAAAAACAUAGACUGUAUUCCAGUGUUUGUUUAGAUUAUGAAAUAAACCGUACUUUAGUCACAAUGUAUAUAAGGUUCUUCUUUGAAGUACAGUAUGAAAUUUGUAAUAUGUGAGGGGUACCAAGUUUUUUAUGGAUAAGUUCUUAAAGUAGGACACAUCCUUAAGGCUCUUAAAGGGCUACAGUCAGGUUGGUAGGUUGCUAAAAUUAUAUUUAUGGCAUAUUCUUGGAAUGCUUUUUUUAUUCAUGGCAAAAAGCAAAUGCAUUUUUAAUGGUGAAAAAGAAAAGGUAUGUUUUUAUGGAACCUUUCUUGUAAUUGAAAACAAAACACCUUCUGCAUUUUUGCACUGAGAAGUAUUUGUAGGGUUCCCUUCAAAUGACGCCUCCUUCAUUUCAAAAGCAGUGGGCUACUAAGAACCAAGGCACAGUUUUAUUUUGUGAAGUUGACACUUUACAAGAUAGUCAUCCAUUGCAAAUGACUGGACCAUGUUACAGAUAAUAGACACACGUGUACUCCAUUAUAAAUACCUAAGCUAACAGGUGGGUUUUUUUCAUAUGAGACUGUUUUGAAGAGAAAUGUCACUCAUGUGAAUAUCAGUUACCAAGAAUCACUGAUAUUAAACAAAACUC